AUGCCGCAGUCGCAACGCUCCCUCCACUUUAUAGCUUAUACGGGGCCUCCAGAACCAAAGCAAACACCUCGACGUUCCCAUUCGAAAAAGGUCCCACCUAACGACGACGACAACGAAUACCCCGACAUUGAUGAGAUUCUGAGUAUGGAGCGUGAUUCGAACACCGAAAGGGGGAAUGGAAAGGAACUCGCACACACGGUGGAUGAUGUUGAAAUCGUCGAUUCAACAACGUCCUCAGGUCGGCAUCCCCUACGCCGACCCGACAACGAAGCCAACUAUAAGAUCAGCGGCAGUAAAGGAGAAAGUGGUGAUGUCAGCAGUGACGAUCCCACGAACGAACGGGAGGGCGUCUUAAUGCCAACAACUCUAGAAGGAAGCCAGCCGGCCCCUUCGAAGGGCAGCAGUCAAGGUAAGUGCCUGUACCAGAUUAAUACGAUGAGCGAGCCGACACCGAAACGGAAACGCGGUGCUUCGGUUAAUGCUGUUGAUUGCAAGCGGUACCUUCGCUCAUCCAACGGAGUAUCGAAACAGCAAUCCACAAACGCCGCACAUGCGCCAAAACAACAGGAACGAUAUCUCUCCUCCGGCUCUCCGCAACACUGCCCAGAAGUACGGUCGCGCGCCGAUGUUGCGGAGGUACAGGACGGCGAAGGCACUAGCAUCAACAGCAGUAACAGUGUAGGAAACGAUGCCCCUAUCUUUUACCUCAGCACUAAAAAACUACGAGGUCUAGAUGGAACAGAGACUAACCACAAAAGUGCGAGUAAUGAUGACAAAUACGAGGUAGAGCAGAUUCUAGUAGUCCAUCUAUAUUACGAGAAUCUGUAG